AUUUUUGUUAUUUUUUAUCAAAAAUCAACAUAAAUAUUCUAAUAUAUGAUUUUACAAGGAUACUAAGGAAAAUAUAUCUUAAAAAAUAAAAUUCUUGGCUAAGGUGGAUUUAGUUAAGUAUUUUAAGGCAAAAUUUGCUAAGAUGAUGAAGCGCGCAAUUUUGUGGCCAUAAAAAAAGUUAGCAAAACAACAUUAGAUGGACAGGAGAAUAAAAAUUAUGAAAAGGAACUUGAAAUAAGUUAGAAAAUAUUUGAAAUAGAAAGAAACGAUCCUUGUCAAUACAUUAUGAAUAUAAUAGAUUUCUGCUAGCUUGAUGAAUCUUAUUAUAUUAUUACAGAGUAUUAUGAAAGUGGAGAUUUCUUGACUUUCUUAAACUAAAAUUUUGAGUAUUUUACUUUAGACAUAGUGCUAGACAUAUUGAUAUAGAUAGUGAAAGCUAUUAACUAUCUCCAUAAACAUAAUAUUACCCACAGAGAUCUUAAGCCUGAAAAUAUCUUGAUUUCUAAAUAAUAAAAUAUGUAUUUCGUAAAAGUAGCAGAUUUUGGGUCUGCUACUGUGAGUGAUUUCAGCUCAUUGUCAGGAACUCCUAAUUAUAUGGCACCAGAAAUAUUUUAUAACAAAAUUCUAACCAAUUCUAUAGAUAUUUGGAGCUUUGGGUGCCUAGCUUAUGAGAUUUUAACUAAGUAGCAAUUCUUCUGUGGAAAAAAUGCUUAAUAAGUAGUAAGACAAAUAAUAUAAUAUGAUGAGUGUUUAUAUAAAAAUUAAAAUUAAAAUGAUUAAUACUUUUAAAUUCACUAACUCAUACAAAAAUACUGUUUAUAGCCUGAUCCAGAAAAAAGAUAAACAGCUUAGUUUAUUAUAGAUGAGCUCUCUUAGCUCAGACAAACUCACUAAUAAGAGUUAAAAACAUAUGAUUUUGAAAUUAUAAAUAGUUAAGAGGUAGUUUUUUAGUUUGAAGAAACAUAAAAUGGCAACUUAGAGUAAUCUAACAAAUAAUCUGUAUUUAAUAUGAAAAAAUCAUAGCAAAAUAAUGAUUUUAAUUUUUCAAAAUCAAAAUUUGAAUAAUAUAGAAACAUGAACGAAAUUCAAUAACUUUAAAACUCUCUAGAAAAUAGUAUUGUUAUUAAUGAUGAUAAAAAUAACUUUUAAGAUUAAUAGGAAAUAAAAGCUGAGGCCUGCUAAGAUGAUUCUUAACUUUAAACAGAAAAUCUCUCAUUAUCUAUGGAUGAUGACAGUUAGAUUUAUGAGGAUUAAGCAAACUAGGAAAUAUAAUUAGAAAAUGGAGAUAAUAAUGCUUCAGGUUAAAAAGAAAGAAUGCUUGAUUAUGAGCAUAAUAGUAAUAAAAAUAUUGAAAUUUAAUAACUUUCAUAUAAUAAAUGUCAUGAAGAUUCUGAUUACCUAAAUUAAAAUUUAGAUGAAACAUAAGAAACAACUUAGAAACUCACUUAAGACUAAAAACUCAAGCUACAUAAGGUAAAUGAAUGCAGUAAAUAGAAGGAUGACUAUAAAUUUCUAUUAGAUGCAUGGAUAAAUGAAAGUUAAAAUAAAGACAAACAUAUACUGUCAAAUAACAAUUCAAUAAAUGGAGAGAAUUCCUUUAAUGAAACAAGCUAAAUAGCCAUCGAAUCAAGUACAUAAGAAAAAGAAUUGAUUAAAUCUUAAAAUAAUGAAAUAAGUAAUAAAAAAGAGAGAAGUUAACAAAAAUAAUAAAAAGAUUUAAUCUUUAAUUCAAUUAAAUUGUAAUUUUUGCCCAAAUUUUCUAUGAAUUAAUAAUUAUCAGAUAAGGGUUUAAAAUAAAUCUAGAAAUUUCUGCUUCCUCAUCAAAAAUUUAUCUAAAUUCCUUUUUUUUAUAACAAACCAAUAAGUGCUUUAUAAUAGAAAAAUAAAUAAAAUCUAGAACCUUCUGAUAAAUUAAAAAUAAGUUUUCUGCUCUAUCCAUGUUUAUUAGGAGGUAUUAGUGUAUUGCUAAAUAAAUAUAUUUGA